CCCAGCACCUACAGCCUGCAAGCCUGCAGAAUAAUAUUACACUGCGACCUCGCUCUGCUAGUAGAUAUUGCACUGCCCUCGCCGAGUCCGUACCAGCGUGCGAAGCUAUCGGCAACAAACUAGGCUUCCAACAAAUUAGGCCGAUCCAGUAACUGCCAGUUCGCACACAUAUUAUUAAAGAAUAAUAUAGCUGACACACAGGCCUGCUGCAAAUGCCACAAACCGAGAUACCCGACGAGAUCUAUGACCUCCUCGGAGCUGCUGCCAAACGCUGCGAUAAAGUUACCCGCGAGAACUUGUUUAUAUGCGUAAUGGCGGGAGUCGUUGACGACGACUUGAAGGAGUCGUCUGAGGGCAAGCAGGGCUGGAUCUACAUUUACAGGCACAAACCUGGCAAGCCCAACGAGUUCAAGAUCGGCAAACAUGUUGGGCCAAACCCACGGGUCCGCAUUCGGCAGUGGGAGAAGAAAUGCGGCCACAAGAUUGAGCUGGUCCGCACAUGGGAAGUGGCGUUCGCCCGUACCACCGAGCAGCUCAUAGAAACGGAGCUGAAGGGGAUGGACGACGUGUGGCUCGGACAAAGGGAGUGCAGGGGACCGGACGGCUCCAGUGGGUGUGGAGCCCACCACCGUGAGUGGUACAAGGCCAGCAAGCAGAAGCUGUUCCAGGUGAUCAGUUACUGGGUUGACUACACGAACAAUAUGGCUGAGACGCUGCUGCUGUCCCGUAAGUGCACCAAGUUAGCAAUCAGUGAUGCCCAGCAGAACCGCCGCGGUUAACGGUAGGUUGCGGUUCCACAGGUACGGUAUCUGUCCGCCUACGCGUCGGUGGGGUAAAGAGGAAAAAACUGACUGAGGGAUAGUCGGUGGGGAGCCUGCUGAUUCGUUUUGGCUAUGGGGGCAGGUAGCGCACGGAAGGACAGCAUGCCAGACCGGGACGGUGACCCCGACAUGCAGGUUGCUAGCGGUAGUUGACCGUGUACCGGGUUACGGCGGUCGGCAGAGUGACCGCCUGAAAGCUGCGAACAAUGCUACAGGCUUGGAGCUGAGUAUCUAAGGGGGUGCAUUCGCUUGCACUGCCCUGUUUGGUGCCCUCGGCAGGCCUGGAUGCUGUCAGCGCGAACCUACCGUUGGUUCGUUUUGUCGUUAGGGUUGUUAGGGAUCGGAUAACGCUUGGGGCUUGCGACAUGGCCUAGCUAUACUGGUGUCAUUAUUUAUCAAGUAUCUUGCCGCAGUGGGGAGACCGCUGCUGAUGCUGGUCAUGCGUGCUUUAUAUGUAUGUCUAGAAUUAAAAAGCGUUUUGGCGUGGCUAAAACAUGUUCAAUAUGUUAAUUGCUGGCAUCGUGUGGAAGGGUGCCUUAGGCCCGCCACCGCGAGGUAUCUGCCAUUGUGAUUUGGUUGGCUAAGGAGAAGACAUGUAUAUGAGGAAUUUAGCAGACUUGCUUCCGGUUCGUUCCGCUUUUUGCCGUGCCUUACUACAGGAUGUAUGUUAGUACUUGGGUUUUCUUGGUUCGGAGAAGCAGGAGGUUAACACACGUGACCCACGGGUCAGCCUGUACGGGGGUACCAGUGACUAAGCUAUUUAUCGUUUUUAUGUGGAAGAAGACAUGGGAGAUGUGUACAUUUCCUGGGACGGCCGCAAUGCACUGAUUUUCUGGGUUACCAGGAUAAGCAGUAGCAGUCAUGCCAGGAUAAGCAGUAGCAGUCAUGCUACGGACUUAAGUUAUCUGACAUCUUGCUUCGCGGGAUUGAGCGGGGGGGAAGGCAACAAGGCCAAACACUCGGAUUAGUGCCAGUGAUUUUAUCCGACAGCCAGUAGUGUACUAGGGUGGUUUCAAUCAAACCAAUCCUGAGCUUGUAAACGUGGAAACUAUUGUAACAGUAAAG